AUGGGGUCUUCAACUUCUUCGUCCCAGUCUCCGGACCCUCCUACCGCUGCCAACCGGGUGCCGGCAGAUUCGGCGGAAGCACCGACCCCUCCCGCGGCAGCUACUUUAUUUAAUACCUGCUGGAGCUGUCGCUUGAUCUCCGGGUCCGGGCUGUUGGCGGCGGGCUCCUACGUGUACCUGUUGGCGCGGAGGCCCAUGAAGAUGGGGCUGGCCCCAGGCCCCGGGCCCGUUAUGCAGAUGGUCAUCGGCAUCAGCAUUGCCUGUUGGGGUGUAGUUAUCCUGGUAGACCCAAAAGGGAAGGCCUUUCGCGUUGCUUGA